UCACAAUCACGUGGUGGUGUUCUAAAACUGGGCGGCGAGACCACUGAAUAGGCCUAACAGUUCAGGAAUUUGAUCCACAUACAACUCUUAUAUUACUUCGAAAGGAGGACGUUUUCACGUGGAGAAAGGGAAUAAAUUAAUAUGUGUUGUUGAUUAAACAGUGGAGUAGUUAGCAUGUAGAAUGCGCUGGGUUCGUGUGUACGCAUUAGCCAAAAUUCCUAUCAAAACAUGACCUGGCUAGGCUUGUUGCUCACCACAGCAACUGUAGUAGGUGGGUUAGUACAUUGUCUCACUCCCAGCUUACUGUGUCCAAGUGUCUGCGAAUGCAACUUCAAAACCAAAACAGCUAUCUGCGGUCUUAAGACACACGGUCUCAGCUACAUUCCUGCAAUACCAGGUUACGUUCGACGGUUCGCUUUACUGAAUGGAAAUAUAUCUACUGUGGACAGGCAGGUCAUGUCGCCCGUUUCUAAACACAGACUUCUUUCACUGACACUUGCCACAAGCCAAAUCAGAAACAUAUCUGAGGACGUGUUUGAGGAUUUUCAGAAUCUGACUUACCUCGAUCUCCGAGAGAAUUCAAUACCUGUCCAAUUGUUACAACCAGCGUUCAGAAGUCUUGGGGAUAGUGUGCGAAACGUCGUUCUAAGGAAUAUGAACAUUAGGUUUAUUCCAUUUAAUUUAUUUCAGACAAAGAACGCAAAAAAUAUUAAACAUUUGGACAUGGGUAACAACGACAGACUCGUAGCCGAGUUUUGCCGGCCCAACGGAAGUUCUGUUUAUUCCCAUCUCGGGUAUAUAAAUCUACAAAAUACCGGAAUACAAUCAAUAAACAGUGGUUCAUUUUCUUGUCUUAAUUCCAUUAGACAUAUAGAACUCAGCGAAAAUCCAAUCACAGUUCUUGGGAACAACAGUUUCAGCAAUCUUCCCCGUUUAAACAAACUGCAUCUGAUGAAAUUACAGUCUCUGAAAACGAUAGAAGAACUGGCCUUUAACUCAACUUCCCUCGAAGAAUUAAUACUAUCUGGCGCGUCGAAAUUCAGAGACAGUACGUUCCCGGGGGAUUUUCCUUUUAAAUGGGCACCUCGACUUAUGCAACUACAACUUCAACGAACUCGCAUCGGCCUUUCCAAAAACGCUCUGCGUUCUAUGUUGUUGCAGUUAAAAUCCAUUACGUAUUUAAAUCUGCAGAAGACGUGGCUCUAUGAACUACCACCCGACACGCUUGGAAAACUCCCGAAUCUCAUUCGACUGGACCUACAAGGAAAUUAUUUGCCUACUUGGAGUGACAGAACCUUCGCCAACGUAACUCGCCUGCAAUAUUUGAAUCUUGCCGGGUGCCGUAUCAGUACUAUUAACGAAACGUCAUUUCCGGUCGAGAUGCUAAAAAGCAUUAAGAAGUUCAAUCUUGGAAGUAAUCCGUUUUUCUGCAAUUGCGAUUUGUUAUGGUUUCGCACAUGGAUGAAUGACGCGAUGAGAAACAAGAGUAUAUGUUUUGUAAACUAUCCGCGAACGUAUUACUGCAAAAACCUAGGUAGCAUUCACCUGAAUAGAUUUAAUCCGACGCAUGCCUCGUGCGUGGUUCUGAGCCCAUACAUCAUUGCUGCUAUAGCCGUCUCUGCUUUUGCUGUUGUUCUUUCAGCGGUUUCUCUCGUGGUGUACCGUAACCGCUGGAACAUUCGUUACUGCAUGUACUCGCGAAGAAGAUGCCAGUAUCAGAAGCUACCAGGCAGAGAUACGGAAUUAAAAUUCGACGCCUUUGUGUCCUUUGAUUCGCACGACAUUGACUGGAUGAUGACAGAAGUGUGUUCUUUUCUGGAAAAUGACCUGGGACUCAAGCUGUGUAUUCACAGGCGAGACUUCGAGGGCGCGAAAAUGAUCAUAGACAAUAUUAUGGACUGCAUGGAACAGAGCAAGAAGACCAUUCUCGUAGUAUCCAAUGACUUUGCCAGGAGCCACUGGUGCCGCUGUGAGGUCCAGCUUGCCCUGUACGACCACUUUAAGAAUGGCAAGGAUGUGGUGAUUGUCAUCAGGGAGCCUGUAACCAAGAAGCUAAUGUUCAAGUCUCUGAAAGCUUUGUUUGCCAGCACUACCUACAUACAAUGGGAGGACAGUAGAACUGUGAAGGAAGUUUUUAGAUGCAGGUUGGCAAAAGCAAUGGGGUGUAGAGGUGUGAACAUAUAGCUUCAUUACAUAUUGUCAAAAUUGCCCCUUAAAGUUUUCUGCCCCGAGUCAGGCCACUGGCAUCCAGAGACGAGACUCGGGAUAGACAUGCUCGAAACCUUCGUGGUAUAUGAGCAUGUAAAAAUCUUCAAGUCAAGUCAUUACAUAUAUACAAGAAUACUAGUAG